CAAAUGCAAACCGAAAUUCAGUUGACUAGAGCCGCACGAGUCGCGAGGAAGCACAAACAAAGAACACUACUAGAAAAAAUAUCUAAAGUUUGCUGAAAGUUAAGAGCCGAGCACUAACCGCUAGACUUAGGCCACCCCCGCACAAAGUAAUACCAGAAUCCAAAUACAAAUCCAGAAGCUACAAUGGCGGCCAGCGAUAUCAGCGAGGAGGCAUUCAAUUUGCGUGUUGGCUAUCUGAAGCCCGAGACCGUGGAAAUUGCACGCGUGGAGCUGCGUGAGACAGAGGAGGUGAAAGCCGAGGCCAUCCUGAAGCUGCGGGAGCUGCUGAAAGCCACACCCGAGCUGCACUACAAGGAUGACGAUGCCUUCCUCACGGUCUUCCUGCGCGCCUGCCACUUCUAUCCCGAAGGCGCUUUGGAAAAGAUGAAAACCACCGCCACGUUCCGUAAGGAGUAUGCGUCAUUGGUCCGUGGCCUGUUGGUCGAUCAGGUGAAGGAGAAGUUCAUCAAGGGCAGCGUGAUCAAUGUCCUGAAAAACUGCGACCAGAAGGGACGUCGUGUGCUGAUCGUCAACUGUGGCAAACUGUGGGAUCCCAGCGAGAUCAGCAGCGAUGAGAUGUUCCGCAUGCUCUACAUGGUACACAUUGCCGCCCAGCUGGAGGAGGAGACCCAGGUGCGUGGUGUUGUCUGCAUUAUGGACUUUGAUGGCCUGGCCAUGAAGCAGGUGAAGGCACUGUCGCCGAGCUUCUCCAAGCGACUGCUCACCUUCAUCCAGGAGGCAAUGCCGCUACGCAUGAAGGAGGUGCACUUUGUCAAGCAGCCCUUCAUUUUCAACAUGGUGUGGUCCCUCUUCAAGCCCUUCGUCAAGGAGAAGCUGAACAAGCGCAUGCACUUCCAUGGCAGUGACAUGAAAUCCCUGCAAAAGUUCCUCGAUCCCUCCAUCCUUCCGGCCAACUACAAGGGCUCUCUGCCAGCCAUCGAUUAUGGCGGCCAGGAGUGGUUCCCCGCCCUGGAGAAGCAGUCCCAGUACGUCUCCGAAUGGAGCGAGCUGGGCCCCGCCCAGUGGUAAUCCAUCCACACCACACCACACCAUCUCUCCAAACAUUCCAGAGGUGGCACUCGAUCCUAGCUUAUCCUUACUACAUUUGUAAAUACUUGCAACAUGUGUUUUCUUAGUUCGUAACAUUUUGGCAAUUAACUAGUUACAUAAUACUAUAAACCAAACAGAAAACUAAA